AUGAACGAUUCUACAGCACCGAGUAUUGAGUUUCCACGAAGUCUUGGAACAAACUUUGCCAUCUCGUUGAUUGUURUCAACRCUUGUAGCUCAAUCGUGGCUUUURUCUUGAACUUCAUGAUCAUUUUGACUUUUUUAAAGACGCUAUCGAUGCGARCACCUUCGUAUAUUCUUAUUCUUUGUUUAGCCAUCGCUGACUUUGGUGUUGGCGYUGUGAUGCAGCCRGUAUAUUGUGUUGAAUUGUUUGCUCGAAUGAAAGGMUACAAAUCCGUUAUUUGUACGACAUCUUACAUAAGAAAGAGUUGUUUAUGGGUAUUAACGGCUUCAUCUUUGCUGACGAUUACUGGCAUUACCAUCGACCGUUUCCUUGCUCUUCACUUGCAUCUGAGAUAUCAAGAACUUGUUACUGCCAAGCGGUCGUACCUUGUUGUCAUCAUUAUUGCUAUUUCUAGCGCUUUUGGGAUUUUUGCUGCAUGGUUUCGCGUUGCCGCAAUGAUCACUGGUCUUCGAGCUUCAAACACCGAAAUACCGACAUCUUCAUUGGAUGUUGCAGUCAUUCUAACCAACACACUCUGCCUGAUAAACAGUGCUUUGAAUCCAGUCAUCUACUGCUGGAGAAUACAAGACAUGCGAAAUGCUGUCGUACAGCUUGCUCGUAACAUUCAGUGUCUACACCACAAUCCUUGA